CUAAAUUAAUAAUCCACAAAGUAUUAAAUAACGUUUUUAUGAAAUAUUUAGCACAAAAACAAUACCCUUUAAAUAUCGAUCGUCAGUAACUGUGGCUGACUUACCUAUAUUCUAGCAAGCAGGACUGCCAGAUGUGAAGGGGAAAUCCCCAAUAAAUUGUUGCAUGUGACUGAUGAUGUGAGCAUGUUCGUUUCAUAAUAAAAAUGUUGCCAGGUAACCAAAAAGUCGUAUGUUUUUGUGCGAAUUACGAUCAUAAUCUUUACGAUCGUACAUUAAAAAAUAGACAAAUAAUAGUAUGAGUACGAUUUAAAUCGUAUAUCUGUCAACCCUGCUAGCAAGACAGCGACAAAAUCACGUUGCAUAACAAUGUAGCCCAAGCUUAUAUCUUAUGAAAUAUACGGAAGAGAUACGGACUUAGAAAAAACAGAAAUGUUGUUCUUUGUGGAAGUCAUUGAUGAAAUUCUAUGUAUUUUAGCCCGCAAACUUUCUUCAAACAAAAACAGCGCCAUCUAGUAUCGAGUUCUGUAAUUAUCUCUUUGUUUAUGGAUUUGAAGUAAGACCGUCACGCAUGCAAUACAUUAUGACUGGGGAUUCCCCUAUUCGUCGACGCUGAAUAUGAGGCGACGACAAUCACUGUCAAACGUGUUCACUAUUACUCUGACUCUGGUAACGUGACUUCCUGGUAACGUGUUAGGUAGGAAAAGCAGUAAAAAAGUGCAUAUUAAGGGAGCAGAUUUGAAAUAAUAUUUAUACUUAACAAGAAAUAAUUAAAGGUUCAAUGGGGAGACCUAAAGAUUUACGCAUAUGGGAGCACUACCGUACUUUACCAAACAAGUCUGUUUCUUGCAAGCUUUGUAAUAAGGUCUACAAAUUCAGUAAUGCUGCCAAAAUGCUUCAACAUCUUAUCACUUGUCCAAAAUCUCCAGAAACAUUAAAAGACUCUAUGAAACUUAUAAAAGAUAGCUCGUCCAAAACCAAAAUGUCUGGACUGUCAGAGAUAGAGACAAAUGAUUCUUUUAUAAGCCCCUCGUCGUCUGCUAACACUACAAUAAAUGCUGAGUUUCAAGACACCGAUGAUCAUAUAAAAACAGAAUUAGCGAGAGCUAUAUUUGUAACAGGGACGCCAUUAUCGAUGGUGCAACAUCCUUUAUGGAUACAAUUUUUCGAAAAAUUGCAACCAAAAUUUAAAAUACCUUCACGUAAAGCUUUAGCGACAAAAUACUUAGAUAAAAUAUAUAGAGAAAUGCGUUUUGAGUUAAAUGAGGAACUAAAUGCUUGUAGUUACUUACACCUUCAGUGCGAUGGCUGGUCUAAUUUAAGAAAUGAAGGAAUAAUAAACUUUCUUAUAUCAAAACCUCAACCUGCAUACGUUAAAAGUUUGAAUACAGAAAGUAAUCCUCACACUAGUGAAUACCUUAGCCAAGAAGUUGAAAAAGUAAUGAAAGUGUAUGGAGCAAAUAAGUUUCUUGUACUUAUUGGCGAUAACGCUAGAAAUAUACAAAAGGCAUUCGAAUUAACAAAACUCAAAUAUCCACAUGUUGUUCCUCUCGGUUGCUGUGCACAUAUCCUUAACUUGUUGUGCCAAGAUAUUGUAAACAUACAAGAAGUAACUGUGUUUAUUAUGCAAGCCAUAAAUAUAAUAAAAACUGUUAAAAGGAGUCAACGAUUAAGUUCCUUGUUGAUAAAAUCAAGGCAGGGUGAAGAUUCUACACAAACACUAAAAUUGCCUUGUGCUACAAGAUGGGGAAGUCAUGUUACUUCGUUAAAAAGUUUGAAAGCAAAUAAGACAGCUUUGCAAAUAUUAACAGUUAGAGAAGAUGUGGUAAUUUCAAGAGAUAUUAAAGAUUUAAUUCUAAGUGAUGAUUUCUGGACGAAGACAGGGGAAUGUAUAAGUAUUUUGGAACCAGUCACUGAAAGCAUAUUUUACUUAGAGAGCGACCAGAAUCGUUUGCAUCGCACAUACAUUACAUUUAGAGAUGUACAAGCUAAGAUACGUUUUGCAUUAAAUGAGAUUUCGACAUUGAGCGAAGAAAGCAAACAGCAAAUUCUAACAUCAGUAUCUUCAAGAUGCAAUAUGGCAAUGAGGCCAAUACAUUUUGCAGCAUAUAUUCUAGACCCCAGGACUCUAGGAGUCGAACUUACUCAAGAGGAAGAACUUAAGGGUAUGGAGUUUAUCUACAAUUUAAGCCAACACUUAAGUUUGUCAAAUGUAAUGGCAGAUUUGGCGUGUUAUAAAGCUAAAGAAAACUUUUGGGCCAGAGGAUUUGUAUGGAGCUCAUUAGAUAGCAUUGAGCCCCUAAUAUGGUGGAAAGGUAUUUGUGGUUCCACUGAGUUAAGCAAAGUAGCGAUUCGUAUUCUAUCAGCUCCCUGUACUUCGGCAGCCACUGAGCGUUCCUUUAGUAUCCAAGGCUACAUACAUAAUAACAAAAGAAAUCGACUUACAACUGAAAGAACUGAAAAAAUUUCAUUCAUUUGUUAUAACUGGAAUCUUAAACAUAAAGCUGAAUGCGAGGACAUUCAGUUUAAUGAAGAAAAUACCUUAGAAGCUUUCAUUGAGCAAGUAAAUGAACAUAACAGUUUAGACGAAAUAGAGCCUAUCGAACCUAUACAAUUCAUCGCUUGUAAUAACUCUGAAUCUGACAGUGAUUGACUGUAGUUUUACAUUUUACUUUCAUCUCUUUCUUAAUAAACUCAAAAUCAAAUUAAAAGUUUUUUAUUCUGUAGGCUGCAUAAUAAUAUUGUCUAUGUCCAGUAUAGUGGACGUCUUGCGGCUGAGAUGACGAUGAUGAAGUACAAAAUCAUAAACACCCAAAAAUUUGGGUGUUUAUGGGGUUUAAACCCAAUAAACCCAAAACACCCGGUUUUUACCCACCAGACUUUAAACCCACCCAGGUGGAUUGCCC